CCGUAUAAAACACGGCGAGUGCUCGACACGGCAUCAGAAACUUAAAGCUCACCUCAAGGCAAACGCAAGCGAAACGUGGAUUUAAACAAUGACUUUUGAAGAAUUUAGUGGACAAGAUAACGCAGGUGUUACUGGCGAUAGAAUGCAUAGGGCAGGAACAGCACUAGAGGAGCUUCUGGUCUCAGCUAGGAAGCAGGACUGCCUUACCGUUGGGGUAUACGAGUCUGCACAAGUCAUGAAUGUUGACCCAGACAGCGUUGCUUUUUGCGUCCUGGCUACGGAUGAGGAGUAUGAAUGUGACAUCGCCUUGCAGAUCCACUUCACUCUCAUCCAAGCCUUCUGCUUCGACAACGACAUCAACAUUGUGCGUGUGAAUGACAUUGAACGUCUUGCUGACAUUGUGGGGAGCGAACAGGAUGAGGAACCUAAGGACGUACACUGCAUACUUGUAACUAGCCCCAGUGCUGACUCUUUGAAAGAUUCUGCUCUUGAGAGUUUGGGCUUGUUCUGCGAGGAGAGCCGAAAUGUCUACGAAUGGGUGCCUACUAUUAGUCUGCCGGAGCGAUGAUAGGAGAUGGCUUUGGCACAUGAAUAAAUCAGAAACAAGUUGAAGUUGUCCAUCCUAAAGGGUGCACCGGUGCAAAGCGUAAAAGCUUUGAGAUAUUGUCUGGAUUACCCUCACAACUGGGAAGAUAAAGGUGGACUGACCCAGCGAACGGUUGGCUGUCCUGGAAAAGCUGAUGUUCAGAAUCUUUUUUUUGGACGAGCAUGGAAAAGUCAAGGUUCCUGUGCCACUCAAGUCUGCUUUGGUGGUAUCAUGGAGACCACAGGAGAGAAAUGGACAGGUGGACUGUGAGAGCACGUUUAUGAGACUGACGGCGAAGAAGAGCCUUGGAAUUCAUGUUCUUGAGGAAUGAGAUGUGGAUUUUAAAAAGGAACUAAGAUUAAGUGACAUUUUGAGGACGUUUUGAGGUCUAAUGGGCACUUGGGAUGUUUUCUGAAAAAUAUUACAUGGACACUAGUGUAACUUUUCUUUUUUGCGGUGGGGUGGUGGGAGUUUCCUAUUACGAAGUUGUGGUUUUUGUCAAAUAUUCACAAUGCAAUGUCAAACUGUGGUGAAGAAGCUAAAAUUUCUGCAAUCAAUUUUAAAAUAAAUACCUUUAAAAGUGUGUUUCAUUUC